UUUGUUGCAUUUUUAUCAAAUUUUUUUGCUCUUUAGCUCCGUUCUUUAUUUAAUAAAUCUUUUUUCGCUCUCUACCAUAUCUUGCCUCGCUUGUUAGAUUCGUUUUAUCCUACACACUCUAACAAUCUUUUUUCUCUUCUACCCUAACUUAGUAUCUACUAUCUAGCGCUAAAAUAAUAAGACGGAAAAACAAUAUGGAAUGAAGGGAGUACAUUAUAUGUUAAAUAUGGAAGAUCAUGCUUAUUUUAAAUAAGGUGCACUUUUAUUUUCUUUCUUUUUCCUUCCCCUAUAAUUGGAUUUUAAGUAGGUGGGUUAAGUCAGUAUAUUUUCUUUAUGGAAAGCAUUAUGUGGCACAUGUACUACGGAAAUUCUACGGUAGAAUUGUCUUCUCCUAGACCAGGUCUUCCUGACUUAUCAACAAAGUGCUAAAUCUUUGUUGUUUGUUCUAAACUUGUAACAUCAAGUACUAAAUAUAAGAACUAAAGCUCUUUAGUGACAGAUUUGUGUCUUCUUCAAAGUUUUACAUCAUACCAGAACUUAAGAGUACUAAUGCAGCUUAGUUUUUCAUGGCUGCUUCAUUUGUCCAUAAAAUGUCUCUAAGUUAUCUUACCUUCUUCUUGUACUUAUAUGUCCUGUUAUUUUCCUUUUCUAUACCUCCUUGUAUCGCAAGUGAUUGCUUAACAGAUGGUUCUAAGAUCAUUGAUGAUAGUAGCAGCACCAUAAUAUCUCCAGGUGAAGUAUUUGAGCUUGGAUUCUUUACUCCUGAUGGUAGUUUGAAUCAAAACAGGUAUUUAGGCAUAUGGUACUACCACUCGAAUCCGAAGAUAAUUGUGUGGGUUGCUAACAGAGAGAAGCCUCUGCUAAAAUCCAACGACGGCUACCUUGUUUUAAAUGAUGGUAACGCCGAGUUGUUGGAUACAAGUGAUUCAAGUUACUGGAAAACUGAUUCUGUAAUUGCAUCUGUGAAUUCAACAAAACUCUGUUUGAGUGAUCAAGGGAACUUAAUUUUGUCAAGAGUUCAAGAAGGACAAGUCUUAUGGCAAAGCUUUGAUCACCCAACUGAUACAUUUCUUCCAGGAAUGAUAUUAAAUGGAAGCUUAAGUCUAACAUCUUGGCAAGAUCGCAGUAACCCAAAACCAGCAAAGGAAUUGCUGUUACAACAAGGGAAAAAUUAUAGAGUGGUUAUCAAGUUUAUGAUAUCUGGAACUUCAUAUUGGGAGAAUGGAGUCGAACCAUCUGCUCAAAUUCCAUCAAUGUUGUCCGAGUUAUUGGUAAAUGAGGAUGGAAAAACCUCUCUUCCUAACAACACAAGAUUAGUGAUCAACUUCGGUGGACAACUUCAGUUGUGGAAAAAGGAGAGUGAAAGAGGUUGGUACGUGGAUUGGUGGGAGCCGAAAGAUAGGUGUAGCUUUGAUUCUAUAUGUGGGAACUUCGGGAGUUGCAAUAGUAAUGAUGGUUUGCCUUGUAAGUGCUUGCCAGGAUUCAAGCCUAGUUUGCAAGAGGAGUGGGAUUUGGGAUGUUUUACUGGUGGAUGUGUGCCACAAUCUGGAUCUCCUUGUCAGAGGAUUAAUAGUGGAAAUGAUACAUUUUUGAGAUUGCCUAUGAUGAAAGUGGAAGGAGCAGAUUGCAGUGCAUCUACAGAAGAGGAGUGUAAGAAUCAAUGCCUAAUGGAGUGCAAUUGUAUGGCUUACGCUUAUGGUGCUGCGAAUUGCUCAGGAACAGGCUCUUUUACUGAGAAGAGUUGUUUGAUAUGGUCUCACCAACCUCCGCGCUUACAGGAGGAAUACUCUCAAGGGAUUACGCUCUUUGUGCGUACACCAUCUUCAGAUAUAGAAUCAACUUCAAGAGACUGCAAACCUUGUGGAGCUUAUGGUAUCCCUUAUCCACUUAGUACUGAUGGAGCAAAUUGCGGAGAUUCCUCGUACUUCAAUUUUCUCUGCAACUCAAAGUCAGGGCAGGUUAACUUCUCAACUCCUGCAGGCACCUUCAGAGUCACCUUAAUUGAUCCAGCUGCAAAAAGUUUUACCAUCCAAGUCAUGAAUGCCAAUAGUUGUGACAGGGCACAUAUAGACUCGUUGCUUCUCUUAUCCAAAAAUACGUUGCCAUUCUUUAUUAGAAGCUGCAUCAUUGUUAUGGAUCAACCUAUGAUCCAACUUCAACAGCCUUUUAUGGAAGUUGUCAUAGGUUGGCAACCACCACCUGAGCCUACUUGUAGUGAAUCCUCAGAUUGUGUUUUCUUGCCUCAUAGCUCUUGCAAAGCUACUAAAGGUGGUAAAAGGCGGUGUAUUUGUGGUUCACAUUUUCAUUGGGAUGGCUUGCAGUUGAAAUGUACCAAAGUGCCUUUUCCUUUCAAGAUCGUGGCUCCUUGCUUAGCUGUUGCACUGGCAGUUUUAAUUCUCUAUGGUCUAUUCUUAGUUUAUCAUAAGCGUAAAAGGACUGCACAGAAGCAAUGCUCAGUUAAGUUCAAGGGAGAUGAUACUGAAUGCGCUGAUGUCCCUUUUUUUGGUUGGGAAAGUAUACUAGCAGCUACAAAGAAUUUUGCAGAUGCAAAUAAGCUUGGAGUAGGAGGAUUUGGUUCCGUCUACAGGGGAAAACUUCCUGACGGGAAGGAAAUUGCUGUCAAGAGGCUCUCAAGUGUAUCGAUGCAAGGUGUUGAAGAAUUUAGGACCGAGGUUAUAUUGAUUGCCAGGCUCCAGCAUCGGAACCUUGUAAGACUGCUGGGAUAUUGUGUGAAAGCAGAUGAGAGCAUUUUAGUCUAUGAAUAUAUGCCAAAUGGAAGCCUAGACUCAUGUUUAUUUGAGCAAACUUUUUCUUCUUACUUGGACUGGGAUAAGCGCUUUGGCAUCAUUUUCGGGAUAGCUAGAGGCCUUGUUUAUCUUCAUCAAGACUCAAGGCUUAGAAUAAUUCAUCGAGACCUGAAACCAAGCAACAUUUUACUCGACGAGGAGCUCAAUCCCAAAAUUUCAGAUUUCGGUCUUGCUAGAAUUGUUGGAGGGAAAGAAACAGAGGCAAACACUAACAAGGUUGUUGGAACAUAUGGAUAUAUGGCUCCAGAGUAUGCAUGCGAAGGAUUCUUUUCAAUUAAGUCCGAUGUUUUUAGCUUUGGUGUGGUUGUAUUGGAGACUAUAAGUGGCAGAAGAAAUUCAAGAACAACUGUGUUUGAGGAUGGUUUGAGUCUGCUUGGACAUGCAUGGAGAUUAUGGAAUGAAGGUAGAGGGCUUGAAUUCAUAGACUCAUCACUCAAAGAAUCAUGCAACCAUACUGAAUUCUUGAAGUGCUUUCAUUUGGGAUUAUUAUGCGUCCAAGAAGACCAUGUUGAUCGUCCCACCAUGUCAACUGUGGUUCUCAUGCUAAGCAGCGAAGAUACUACUAGUGUGAGCAACUCACUUCCCAAAAAACCAGCUUUCUUUUCUAGGACUUCAUCUGAGACAGCCUCAUCUUCCAGUUUGGGAGGUUCGAGCUUCUUCACUAACAUGAUCACUGUAUCUACUGUAGGUGCUAAUCCUUCUUGUUUUCUCAUGGAAAUUAUAACUAGCUCCAUGAAGUGCAUAUGUUAUCCCCCCAUCCUGUUCUUUUUAUAUAAGCUCUUGUUCUUCGUUUCUCUACUGCAAUGCAGCGCUACGGACUGCUUAGAAGAAGGAUUUACGAUCACUACUAAUGAUACUAAAACCAAUUUAGUAUCUCCAGGUGGGGUCUUUGAGUUUGGAUUUUUCACUCCUGAUGAGAAGACUGAGAAUAGCAGGUAUUUGGGCAUAUGGUAUCACAAUCAGUCCUAUCCAAAGGUAAUCGUGUGGGUUGCGAAUAGAGAUAAACCUCUGUUGGAUUCCUAUGGCUACCUUCAACUUAGUAGGGGUCAAGCCGACCUGUUGGAUAAGAAUGGUCAUGCGUACUGGUCAACCAGGGGGCCUGCUAAUCGCUCCAAUCUUACUUCAAAUGAGCUGUUUCAUCUGCAACUGAUAGGAAAAAGUGCCUCUAAUCAUAGCAGAAGGUGCCGUCCAGAAGAUAACUGCACGCGCGGUGUGUUUAACUUCUCAAGACUAUGUUUGGUUGAUGAUGGAAACUUAAUUUUAACUGAUAGGAGUGUGCAAAGACAACCAACAUUGUGGCAAAGCUUUAACAACCCAACUGAUACAUUUCUUCCAGGGAUGGUUGCAAAUGAAAGUAUAGAUCUUUUACCUUUAAGCUUAAACCUGAUAUCUUGGCAAAACGACAACAACCCAGCACAUGGGAAUUUCACAUUCCCACUACAACUUAGCCCAGCUAAUAAUUUGUAUAUUCUUGAAAAAGGAGUUUCAAAUUAUUGGCAGAGUGGAACAACCCCUUUUGACAAGAUUCCAUCAGCGUUGUCUGGAUUAUGGAGUAAUAAUAGCAAUCCCUCUCUUCAGAAAAACACACGAUUAGUGAUGAACUUCACAGGACAGAUUCAGUUAUGGAGUUGGACAAGUGAAAGAGGCUGGUCUUUAAAUUGGUCAGAGCCAAAAGAUGGUUGUAGUUUGAAUGAUAAGUGUGGUCAUUUUGGCAGUUGCAAUGGUAACAACGGGUUGUUGUGCAAGUGCUUGCCAGGAUUUAAGCCUACUGCUAAGUGGAAAUCGGGAGACUUUUCUGGAGGAUGCUCUCAAAAAUCUGGACCUGUUUCUGAGAGAAAUGACUAUCUUAAUGAUAUUUUCUUGACAUUGCCCAUGAUGAAACUGGCAAACAAAACUUGUAGCGUAGCUACUCCUAGUGAAUAUAGUUGUAAAGUUCAAUGUCUAAACAAUAUCUAUUGUGUAGCUUACUUUGAAGGUCCUGCCAAUUGUUCUGGAGCAGGCACUUUGACUGAGAAGAAAUGCUUGACAUGGACUGAACUGAGUGAUUUGCAGGAGGAGUCUCCUGAUGGAAUUACUAUAUUGGUCCGCACAACACAGGAUGAUAUAGAUCCAACCUCAAGGGGAUGCAGUCCUUGUGGAACUUAUAUCAUUCCUUAUCCCCUAAGCACUGGGGGAAACUGUGGGGAUCCCUCGUACUCCCAUUUUCAUUGCAAUAAGCAAACAGGUCAAGUUCACUUCUUAACUUCAAGUGGCAACUUCAGAGUGAACUCAAUUGAUCCAGACAAAAAGCUCUUUUCUAUCCAAGUCAUGCAUAAUAUUUGUGACGAUAGAUAUAUACACUUGUCCGUAUUGUCACUCAACAACUCCUUGCCAUUCACUUUUAGAAACUGCAAUGUUGUUGAGAACCAACCUUUGAUUCAAGUUGCACAGCCUUUUAUUGAAGUUGAAAUAGGUUGGAAUCCACCGCCAGAAUUUUCUUGUCGUGCACCCUUAAAUUGUAGCCACUGGCGUCAUACUACUUGCAAAGCAAAAGGGGGUGAAAUGAGGUGCAUUUGUGGAUCGAAAUUUCAAUGGAAUGACUCAGAGCUGGAAUGUACCAGAGGUGAGAUACUUCUGCAGUCUUGCUCACCUUUUCUAUUCUGCUGGUGCUGGCAAUUGUUUAUUGAACUCUUUUAUACUCUUUCAGUGCAACUGCUUAAAAUUCUGACAAUGUUUGCCUUUUGUCCAAUUAAAGUUCCCUUUCCUCUGAAGGUUGUGCUUCUUUCGGUAGCGGGUGCAUUGGCAAUUAUACUUGUGUGCAGUAUAUUAUGUAUUUAUCAUAUAAGGAAAAGAAGAAUGGUUAAAGGACAAGACUCGUGUGAAUUCAAGGGAGAUGAUAUUGAAGGCAUAGAUGUGCCUUUUUUCAAUUGGGAAAGCAUACUUGCUGCUACAAACAACUUUGCAGAUGCAAAUAAACUUGGAACAGGGGGAUUUGGUUCAGUUUACAGAGGUGAGCUUCCAGAUGGACAGAUAAUUGCUGUCAAGAGGCUCUCAAGUGUAUCUGUGCAAGGCAUUGCAGAAUUUAAGACCGAGGUCAUUUUGAUUGCCAAACUCCAGCAUCGGAACCUUGUAAGACUUAUUGGGUAUUGCAUGAAAGGAGAUGAGAAGAUUUUAGUUUAUGAAUACAUGCCUAAUGGAAGCCUAGAUUCUUGUUUGUUUGACGAAAGGCAUUCUGUGUAUUUAGACUGGAAAAAGCGUUUUGAAAUCAUUUUGGGAAUAGCUCGAGGCCUUCUUUAUCUUCACCAAGACUCGAGGCUUAGGAUUAUUCACCGAGAUCUUAAACCAAGCAACAUUCUACUUGAUGAGGAGCUCAAUCCAAAAAUUUCAGACUUUGGCAUAGCAAGAAUUGUUGGAGGGAAGGAAACAGAGGCAAGCACUGGCAAAGUCGUUGGAACAUAUGGUUAUAUGUCUCCAGAAUAUGCAUAUGAAGGGAUCUUUUCGGUGAAGUCUGAUGUUUUUAGCUUUGGCGUGGUCAUAUUGGAGACUAUACGCGGCAAAAGGAAUUCGAGGAUAUUUAUCUUUGAGCAUGGUUUGAGUCUUCUAGGACAUGCCUGGAAGUUGUGGAAUGAAGAUCAAGGAUUGGAAUUGAUGGAUCCGAAACUCAACGAAUCGUGCAUAUAUUCAGAAGUUCUAAGGUGCAUUCAUAUUGGGUUGUUGUGUGUACAAGAAGAUCCAAGUGAUCGCCCUUCUAUGUCAACUGUAGUUCACAUGUUAAGCGGUGAAAAUACCUCUCUUCCAGUGGCCAAACAACCGGCUUUCAUGAACAGAAGACCAUUAUCAGAUAAUCCCUCAACUUCCAGUGCAAAGGAUUCAAGUGGGCAUGAGUUGAUGACUGUAUCUACAGUAGGCCGGUAAAUGAUAAUGUUCUGCAUUAUUUUGAGUUUAAGAUCAGGAUGUUUUUUCUGUGAAGUUUGUGCAGUAUGUAUGUAAUUUGGGAAAAGAAUCCCUUUAAUGAUAAAUUAAUAAAUCAAGCUGAAAAUUUUGGUA